AUGAAAGAUAUUACGUAUGAUUUUGUUGUUGGAAGCUUGAUGUAUGCUCAAGUUUGUACAAGAACUGACAUUGCAUUUGUUGUUGGAAUGUUGGGAAAAUAUCAGAACAAUCCAGGUAUUGACCAAAUGAAAGCUACAAAGAAAGUUUUAAGGUACCUGAAAUGGACAAAUGACUAUAUGCUUAUGUACAAACGAUCAGAUAGUUUGGAGGUUACUGGCUACUCCAAUUCAGACUUUACUGGCUGUGUUGAUUCACGUAAAUCAACAUCAGGAUACAUAUUUAUGUUUUCCAGUGGAGCUAUAUCUUGUGGAAGCGUCAAGAAAACCUUAAUUACUACUUCCACUAUAGAGGCUGAGUUCGUUUUGUAUUUUGAGUCUACCCCACAUAGAGUAUGA